AUGCCCGCAGGAAACGCAACCAACGGAGCCAAGCUCUUCAAAACUCGUUGUGCUCAAUGCCAUGUUGUUGAAAAGGGAGGUGCCCACAAGGUUGGGCCUAACCUUUAUGGUCUUUUUGGUCGCACUUCUGGAUCUUCUCCUGGCUUCUCUUACUCCGUUGCUAUGGAGAAGAAGAAGGUUACAUGGGACGAGGAGCAAAUGUUCAUCUAUCUUGAAAAUCCCAAAAAGUUUGUUCCUGGAACCAAGAUGGUUUUUGCUGGUUUCAAGAAACCACAAGAUCGUGCAGAUGUUAUUGCCUACAUUAAGGAAGCCUCUUCCUAG